AUGGCAACUAAAAAAGCAUGCGCGGAUUUAACGAAAAGGAACCGGAGUCCCGUCGUGUUGGAGGCAGAGAUGUUCAGCGAAUUUCAGGACUGGUGCCUCAGGACUUACGGUGACUCUGGUAAAACAAAGACGGUCACCCGGCGAAAAUACAACAAGAUCAUGCAGACCCUCAUGCAAAGCGAAGAGUCGGACGGCGUCUACGUCGAAAGCAGCCACAUCAACGCCAAAUUCAAAUUCUGGGUGAAAUCUAAAGGCUUUCAGGUUGGGAGCAACAUUCUUAGCGACCACAACAAGAAAGGAGUGCCUGGAAAACCAGUUCUUUACGUCCCUGUCAAAUCAACGACAGAGGAGAAUGGCCAGACUGACAGCUCCUCCCUGAAGCGCGUGGCGGUGGUGGAGGACUUCUUCGACAUCAUCUACGCCAUGCACGUGGAGAUGGGCGGGGACCCGGGCCGGGCCCCCAAACACGCCGGCCAGAAGAAGACCUACCGAGCGAUUGCAGAGACAUACGCGUUCCUGCCCAGAGAGGCGGUGACCCGCUUUCUGAUGAGCUGUGGAGAAUGUCAGAAGAGGAUGCACAUCAACCCCAGCACUGCUGAGUUUAAAGAGAAUGACCGUCCCACUUCCCUGGUCCCGGACCUCAUCGACUACAACAUGCCGCUCACCGCCACCUACCUGAAGCAGAUGAAGCUGCAGUGUAUGAACGCCAAUGAGCAGGAUGACAGCUCCGUGAGCAGUGGGGAUCUUGACAUGAGCGACCCCCCCACAUGGAUAUCGGUUGAUCACGUCCCAGUGUCUGAACUGAGCCCCCCCAGCCAAGGAGAGAGGAUGCACAGCCCCCACAGCGCCCCCCAGAGGGGAGACGAUGACUCCUCCUCAGAGAACAGCAGCGCUAACGGCGCCCCCUCUCUCGCGCCCUCGUCCCUGGGCGUGACGGUCCCUCUGGACGGCCGGGGUCCGUACGGCGAGGUGAACGGGACCGAGCCGGCGGGCCCGCUGGACUUCAGCACCACGUCCUCGUCGCCCUCCUCCGAGGAGCAGCAGCCGAUCAACCUGAGCGAGCGGCCGCCCUCCGACCCGCCGCUGGGCCCCUUCCAGCCCGACGCCACCAGGAAGUACCCCAUCAAACACCCCCACCCCGCGGACCUGCGCAUCGAGCGCGACGCCAAAGACUACGGCAACAAGUCUCCACAGUACAGUUCGGGGAGCUAUGACUCCUUGAAGACGGAAGUGAGCAUGUCCGUGGAUGACCUCACCGGGGGGCGGGGCCAGGUGGACGACGACGACGACGAACACGACGACCACGACGACAGCGACAAGAUCAACGACACGGAGGGCGUGGACCCCGAGAGGCUGAAGGCCUUCAAUAUGUUCGUCAGGCUGUUUGUGGAUGAGAACCUGGAGCGCAUGGUGCCCAUCUCCAAGCAGCCCAAGGAGAAGAUCCAGGCCAUCAUCGAGUCCUGCAGCCGCCAGUUCCCUGAGUUCCAGGAGCGCGCGCGCAAACGCAUCCGCACCUACCUCAAGUCCUGUCGCCGCAUGAAGAAGAGCGGCAUCGAGACGCGGCCCACGCCUCCUCACCUCACCUCGGCCAUGGCAGAGACCAUCCUGGCUGCUGCCUGUGAGAGUGAGACACGCAACGCUGCCAAACGCAUGCGCCUGGACCCCUACCCCAACCAAGAUGAGCAGAGUGCAGGUGACCGACCCCACCCUCGGGAGCCGGCCUCUCUGCCGCUCACAGCCUCCUCCCUCCCGGCCCCCGCCCCGGGCUUCCCCCAGGACCAGCUCUACACCAACGGGGGGCUCAACUACAAUCUCCGUGGUUACAGUGGCCUUGGCAGCAGUCUGCAGCAGCCGGCUUCCUUGACAACUGGUGCUGCUCAGAGCAAUGGUCCCACGGACCUCAGUAUGAAGUCUCUGGCCUCGAACCCCUCCUCGAGCAGCUCCAGCGGCCAGGGGCAGGGUGGGGGCGGCGGAGGGGCGUCGGCCCAGCUCAGCACCCCGGAGAUCACGGCCGUGCGGCAGCUCAUCGCAGGAUACCGCGAGUCAGCCGCCUUCCUGCUCCGCUCUGCCGACGAACUGGAGAGUCUGAUCCUCAUGCAGAACUGA